AUGUCAAUGUCAAAACACUCUCGACCCAACAGCUGCAAUGAAUUGGAGGAAGAUAUAAGAAAUAAGCAAAGUCACACAAUCUUGUAG